AUGGUUUUGAAGAAUAGUCACUAACCACCUUUAUCGUCAAACCAAGCCAAAAAAGCUGUCUCAAUAUGCAAAUAAUGGCAUGCAGUUGGUGAAACAACCUUUUGACAUUGUAAACAAAAAUCUUCAAAAUCAAAUAAUCCAUAAAGUCACAAAUAGUUGUUGAGGUUUCUGUUUUUUCUUAUACACCUUUCAUCUCCUCAUAUAACCAAAAAUAUCAAAAUAUCAACAAAAAAAGAAAAAUCCAACCCAACAUUCUUGUACAAAUUUUAAUUCGUGACCUGUCAUUAAUUUUUCUUCCUUCAUAAAUUUCACAUUGUUGUUUAAGGUUUUGUGUUCUUUGAGAGAGAGAUGUGUCCUUUAAGGUUCAUCUUGGUGUUCUUCUCUGCGGUUCUUGCAGGUUACUUUGCAUGGAGAACGGUUAGAUCUUCACCAAAUAUUGAUUUGGCUUGUGAUGAUUCAAUUGAGGAAGAAAAAUCACCUUUCAAGAAGGAAGAUUUUGAUUUCAAAAAGAUGAUUCAAAAUGGAUUUUGGGUUUUCGUUGACAUGGCUAGUGGAAGGUAUCUAUGGAGAAAUUUGAGGCAAACAAACAAAGAUGAAGAAUUGAAAUCCUCUAAGAAUUAGGGACUCAAUUGUUGUGUCAUAAAUUCUUGUAUUCCCACUUUUUAUAUUCUUCCUUGUUUGAGGGUUCAAGAAUAAUGUUUGGUACAUAAUGAAGUGAAGGACCUUUCUGCAUUGUAUUCAUGUUUGUUUUCCAAAGCCUUACUCUCUCGUCCUAAAUUGUACGAUGUUUUGAGCAUUACACACAUAUUAAGAAAUGUAAUUGAUAUUGUGUGGGAAAGAAAUAUUAUGAAUUGUUUUACAAAA